CAAAUGAAACACAGUUCACAAAUUUGACAAACAAACAAAUCAACCUGCUAUCAGCUUCCGUAAAUGACAAAAUGACAAACACCCACUGAUGUCACAAUUCUCUUGAGUGUGGAAAAGACUCAAUAUGAGAAGCAGUCCUGAGAGAAGAGGGCAGCUGCUCCACUGCUGGCUUUGCUUACAGGUCAAGAUCUUGUCAUAUAACCAAUGACAGCAUGAAGUGAGAAAUAUUUAUAUGUAACAUUUGCUAAUAAAAUGAAUCAAAUAAUGCAGACCUAUGCAUUAUUAAGCUGUAAAUUCUCUGCUCUAUUAGAGCGCUGUUUUAAAAAGAAAUUACAUUGUUUAUACAUUGACAAUCACAGAUUAUUAAUUUACUUUUCUCAUGCUUUCUCUAAAACUGCAUUAAAAAAAGAAUGACUAAAUUGAUUACUACAUCACUUUAAAGGUUUCAUCAAAACUCUUUUAUGGCUGCUCAGCCCUGCUGAUAGAGCAUCCAGCUCCCCCCCAGGUCAGUGAAUCAGGGCCCUCUUCCAGUUCUCUGUGCAGGCCUACGCAAUGCGGACACUCAGGCUGGCAGCUUGCCAUCUCAGAUCAGUCACAUUUCAUUUAGUGGGGGAUUAAGUUCUUUUUUCGUGGAGUAAUUAAGUUUUUUCUUUUUCUUUUUGGCUUUCAGAUGGAAAUCAACUGAGUUUGUCAUUCAUUGCUGUGUUUUUACAGUCCACAAACAAGCGAGGCUAUUGCAUUACAAAUGAUUUGUUGUGGUCAAAGGAAGUUUAUGGCUUCAAAUCAUGUUUAACUAUGAUCUGUUGACCAUUACGCUGUCGGGGCUCGCCUCAGUGAAAAUGUACAUUUAGCAAUUCUCUUUAUUAAUGUAUAUUGGCUAAAUGUCCAACAUCAAAGUGCAGUGGUGAAUUUUCAAAAUCCAUGUUAGGUUUCUCUGACAUGGUGAACCCUCCACCGAGUUUGUGAGGGAGUAUCUGCGUGGGUGCGUUUGAUCAGUGAUGUACACGCUUCCCGUGGGAGCAUUCAUCUGGUUUCCCUUUAACUAAUUGGGGAAGAUGGAGGAGGUCAGUGGGAUGAGAGGAGGAGGAGGAGGCGUAGAUGGAGGAAGACAGGCUGUGUGAGAGGAGGGAUGAAUAGGAGAGGGUUAAUUGAAUGAAACCCUCUUCUGGUCUCAGAUGCCAUAAACAAGGAGGGAUUUUAAAAUUCCUUAUUCAAUCCCUCUGGAGAACUUUGUUACUUCUCUGUCAUCUCUUUUAUUGUUCAGAGCACCACCUGCUCACCCCAACAUCCUGUACUUCACCUUCAUUUUAAAUAGAGCUGAAACAUUUUGGUUGAAAUCAAUCUCUUAGACCUAAACUGAUUAGCAGUGUUUGGAUAGAGCGGCAUGCAUGCAGACAGGGCAGCCCCCCUUCAAACCCUCCGCCCACCCGCGCUCCCUUAUUCAACACUAGCACACACAGCAUAUUCUUGAUGAAGCAUCCUGCUGUUCAAACUCCGACUGAUCUGUCUCUCUGUGAGCCCUAAAUCAACCUUAUGGGCCAUUUUAGAAAUUAACACCAUUAAGAACUGCAUACAUACACUUUUACACCCAUUUAUGCUCAGAAAAGCAUGAGCACAUGCACCCAUGUCUUCUGAUGAUCCUAAAGCUUGAAUCAUAAAAUCAUAACGAUGGCAGAGGAAAUCUCCUUUAACUGUAAUGUUAAAUAUUCCUCAGAAUAACUUAACUAAUAAUAAUAAACUUUUGUGCUUUCAGGUACAAAAUUAUGUAUUUUUAAGUUAAAGGAAUACUCUGUAAUUUUCGUCGGCAUAAUUGGCUUAAUUAACGAAAUUUAGAUGUCAAGAUCAAUAACACUCUCCUGUUUGCACAGUUAAUAUAGAGCUACACCAGAAGCUUUAGCUUAGCUUAGCACAAAGGCUGGAAACUGCAGACUGCAGCUAAAUGUUUGACCUGUAGACAAUAAAACCUUUCUUAUUCUGAUUUAUGGAUUCCUACAUAAAGACAACAUUUUCUGUCAAAGUUAGGAAGAGUUUGGUUAUUUUGCAAGAGAGAUUUUCUGCAUUGUGCUUUUUCUCUGCGCUUUUCUCGCUUGCGUGAAGUGGGCAGGGCUCAGUUGGAAAUAGAUGAUGUCAUCCAUUUCCUUGCACCAAUUAGGGUCCAGCAACAUUUCACUCAAAACAUGAUGACUGUUGUGGUCUUUUUGUCUUGCUUGUGUUGCUUAAAUCACACUCCUGAUGAAGAUUAGCUGACGUAUUUUUUUUGUGUAACAAUCGUAAUAAAUAACAACUAUGGAUUUUUAUUCCUGAACUUUAUUUUUUAUUGUUGCUUACUUUAUCUAAAAUAUAUUUCAAGAAAUGUACACUUUACACUGUCCCUCUUCCUGGAGAUGUAUAUAUCUAUAUAUAUGUAUGUAUGAUAUCCCUAAUCGAGUUAGGGGAUAUCAUUUUCAUGUAACACUUUUGUAAUGAUAAUAUCCAAAGCUUAAGUAAUAAAGGAAGGAGUGAAAUCUGCCUCCUGUCAGCGUUUACAAUGAGAAGCACUUGCAUGAUUAGAUGUCUUGCGAUCGAUGCAGCUUCUUCUCCCAAUCAUUAAGACUGCUCUUAACAGAUUACAACCCCCUCCCAAACACGCACAGUCUUCUCUCCCCCUCUUCUUGCUCCUCCUUCUGUCUCACAUGCACGCUCUUUCAGCCUUGAACACACGGAAUAGGAGACUUGCCUCUCUAUUUUUGUUUUUGUGCAUUUUCUUACACCUGAAGCUUUUUCAGUUCUGGAUGAAACUGAUUAGUUGAACCUAACCUCCACUGACGGCCAGAUGAACAGACAGCGGAAUGAUAAAAGCUAAACUAAAAUACAAGAGGUGGUGGUGAACGUACAGUAACUGGCAGAGAUGGACCUGCAUACAAUCUUCUGCUUUUACCUCCUGCUUUUAUGUUUUGAUCUUUCAGGAGCUGCGAGCCUCAUUACAGCGGAUAUAUUUGAAGCCAGGGGUCAACGUGUGUGUAAGGCAGGAAAAGGGAGGCCGUGUUACAAGCUGGCCUACUUCUCUGAGUUCCGGCGCCGGCUGAACUUUGUGGAGGCCGAGCUCGCCUGCCAGAGGGAUGGAGGGCAGCUGCUGAGCGUGGAUUCGCCAUCGGAGCAGAAGAUUGUAGAGCAGCUUAUUACAGAGCUACGCCCAACUGAUGGAGACUUCUGGAUCGGGCUCCGCCGUAACCAUGGAGAUGGUGACAGCAGCAGUGACUGCUCCUCACAGUACUACUGGCUGGAUGGCAGCAAGUCUACAUUUAGGAAGUGGCACAUAGAUGAGCCAUCAUGCGGUUAUGAGGUAUGUGUGGUGAUGUACCACCAACCAUCUGCUCCCCCUGGUCAGGGAGGGCCCUACAUGUUCCAGUGGAAUGAUGACAACUGCGAAACCAAGAACAACUUCAUCUGCAAAUACACUGCAGAGUAUCCAGUGGAUCCUUCUCCUUCCCCGAACACCACACAAACAGACAUCAUCCCCUCAUCUGUGCUGCCGUGGCAUCCAAGUGACCACAACCAAGACAGAAGUACAGCUCUGAAUUUGGUUUACAUCUUCAUUCCCACCAUUCCUCUGUUACUGCUGUUACUGACAGUGAUCGGAGUCUGUUGCUUUAAACUGCUUGUCAGACGAAGGAGCAAAGAGCAGAAAUCAGAAGUAUGCCAGACAGACCCAGGUCUCUGCCCCAGCCCAAUUCCAACCGAUGUCUACAAUGUCAUUCGCUCCCAGAAGGACGAUGACCUGGUUUCCACUCGGCCGCAAACCAAAAACACCUCUUUUGUAUGCUCCUCCCCUGACACACCAACAGGUGAUUAUGACAACCUGGGCGGCCGGGACACAGAGAGCGGCUUUGUGACACUUGCCAGCACAGAGAGCUGCUUCCUCAACUUUGACCUCAAUGACCUCAGCCUCGGGCGUCGUGCCACCCGCGACUUCUACGACACCAGCUUAGGCCGGUCAGGAAAGAGGGACUUGAAUGACAGCAGUCUGGGUCGCUCUGGCCACAGAGAGUUUUAUGACAGGAGUCUUGGUCGUCGCACAACAAAGAGUGAACAUUACGGCAGCAGUGUGUAUGGAGACCAUGGAUUGUAUGAUGGCAGUAUCAGAGGAGGGAGUGACCUUUAUGACCCCAAACUGAGGCCUGGAGGUCACACAAUAAAGGCUGACCUUUAUCAGACAUACAUCACCAAUGGCAAGGAGGACACUUACCAAACCAGCCUGGGAACGUACGGAAACCGCAAAUCCUACCAAUCAAAUCUGGAUUACUACAGAAAUGGCCUGACUCUUGACAGCGGAAAGAGAUACUUCAAUGAACAAGAAUGGAUCAACAGAGAAAACUACUGAUCCUCCCGAUGGUUCCUCAAGUGUGUGUACAGCAGCGUGUGUCAUUGUGGAUGAGGACGAGGGAAUGGUAAACACUGUGCAUGUGUUUGGUUGUAAUUGUGCAGUAUGUUUCUGAAGCCAUUUAAGGUCAUGAAAAUCAAAUUCAAAUGAAACCUGUAGUCCAUUACUGAACUAUACUCUGGGUUGUAGUUAUUUUAUAGUAAUAUAAACCAUAUAA